AUGCUUGCCUUUCCUGUCUCCCGGACACUCGUCACGAUCCUCCUGCUAGUCGUUUUCUGUGUUGCAGCCGAGUCAAAUACCUCGAAUGACUCCUCGGACUCGUCUUUGCUGAAAAUGAUCCCGAAAUGUGCACAACAGUGCAUGGAAAGCUUCAUCAAAUCCGAAUAUGGGCCCGCCGAAUGCACCUCGCCAUCCAAUGCAAAAUGCCUGUGCCGUACACGUAACCCCAGCGGCUUUACUCUGGGAGAAGCCGCAUUGAGCUGCAUUCUUUCCGAGUGUCCCGAAAAGACCCUCGAAGACACCAACGCCUAUAACAUCUGUGACUCGGUAUCGGGGGCGAUUCCUCGUACGCAUUCUACAAUCACCGCAACUGUCUUUUCUGCGCAUCCUGCGACGACGGCAGACACGACCACCUCUUCUUCGAAACUUGUCCACACUUCCGAAUCUCCUUCAUCUACAUCUACAUCAACCACCUCCACUACAUCACCGGGGCUCACUACAUAUCGUCCAUCGACGUCAUCGACGGAAGCAGGGCCGGCAACUACCAACACCGACCAGUUCUCAUCAGAAUCCAGCACUCCUCAAGCAGAGAAAACAGGUGAUGAACAUGUCAUCAGCCCCGCCGCCGUCAUCGGUGUUUCAGUAUCAUCCGGGGUAGCGGGCUCCUUUAUCAUCGCCGUCGCCGUGAUCUUCUGCUGCAAGAGAUGGAGACGACGGCAUCCGCGAGAAUCGGAUGAUGACUUCGAAAUUGGUGGCGCCAUGUCAGAACCUCCAGGGUUCUCACACCCCUCGUCAAGACACCCGACGCCGGAGGUACAACCCAGCAAUUCUUCCUCCCAUGCUGCAGGCGCGAAUCAAGAAAUGUCUCAACCGACAAUGGGCGCCUUUCCAUCGGCGGCCCAAUUUCCGCCACGAUUUGGCCCAGGGCCAGCCCAUCCUUCUCCCAGGGGACCGCGCGAUCACGAGCGAAUAGGUUUUGCCAUCAGCUCUGACUCGGACUGGGAAGCCUCACCCGGGACACAGUCAUCACAACACACACUCGCAGAGCUCCUCCCAGACCAGCAGGCAGGACUCUACCCAAAACCACUCAAAUGGAGCCAUCGCCCCGUCAGUGGGGAAACCCUUUUCGAGGAGGACGAUAGCAACCCUGCUGCAGCACAGGUGCCACAAAGCAGCACGCAGCGAGCAGGCACCCCGACCAUGGUGGCAGGGUUACCGGCCAAUCCUCGAGCCCUGAAGGAGGGAUUUCCAGCAGAGAAGUUCCUGCGCGGUGGAGGGAAUCAAAAUCCCAGGGCCAACCUGAAUCAACCUUUCCCUGGGAUUCAAAAUGGCCAUUGGCGGGAAGGACAGGGCCAGAUUUCCUCCCGCAGCGCCACCUACGGAUCCUCGAUAUCCAACAGCAGCGGCGCCUUCCACGACAGCUCCGACUCCUCUCAUCACCCCCCAUCCUCCAGCACACUCCUUAGCGCGCCUCUCAGCACAGCACAGGGUCACAUUCACAAUGGCUCGUCUCCACGAAACUCCCCCCAACCACAACCACCAAUCCCAACCCCAUCGUCCGGCACACUCGGCCCAGCCACCGAAGUUGUCUCCCGGCCUCGAAUAGUGCGCGGCAACGACAUCAAGCGCGUCGAGAUCCGUGGCAGCAAACGCCCACCCAGCGAGGUCGUCGUGCCCUACUGCCCAGAAGAUUUCUGGCUGGAACGCGGCCGCGCAUAUGCGCCGCCUCGCUCUAUCUCUGCGGAGCCUCCCUAUCCCUCAGAUACAUGCCCGGGGGUCGUGCUGUACCCGUCAAGCCCUAAAAAGCGGCCUGAGAAACCGGUUCCGCACAGGUUGUCGCCGAUGGGUCGGAACCUGACUCCGGCUAGACGUGGAGAUGAUUUGAUUUUGCGCGUGGAGUAA